GGACCGCUGGGGUCCGCAAUCGCCAGCCUCGGGCUGACCAGGGGGUCGCUGCGUUCUCGCGAGAAGUGCGCCGCUGCUGGGCAGAGGGGGUUCCGCAGCCGGCGCGGGCCCUUCAGGGGCGGAAGAUGGGGAGGUGCACCGUGAAGUCCCAGCUGCUGCUGCUGCUAGCGCUCGUCCUCCACCCCUGGAAUCCUUGUCUUGGUGCCAACUCGGAGAAGCCCUCUAGUAUCCGGGCAGAUAAAUUAUUAGUCAUAACUGUAGCAACAAAAGAAAGUGAUGGAUUUCACCGAUUUAUGCACUCAGCCAAAUAUUUCAAUUAUACCGUGAAGGUCCUUGGUCAAAGAGAAGAGUGGAGAGGGGGAGAUGGCAUUAAUAGUAUUGGAGGGGGCCAGAAAGUGAGAUUAAUGAAAGAAGUCAUGGAACAAUAUGCCAGUCAAGAUGAUCUGGUCAUUCUGUUCACUGAAUGCUUUGAUGUUUUAUUUGCUGGUGGUCCAGAAGAAGUUCUAAAAAAGUUUCAAAAGACAAACCACAAAGUAGUCUUUGCAGCAGAUGGAAUUCUCUGGCCAGAUAAGAGACUGGCAGACAAGUAUCCUGUGGUGCACUUUGGGAAGCGCUACCUGAAUGCUGGAGGAUUUAUUGGCUAUGCUCCAUCAAUCAACCGUAUAGUUCAACAGUGGAAUCUCCAGGAUAAUGACGAUGAUCAGCUCUUUUACACAAAAAUAUACAUUGAUCCACUGAACAGGGAAGCUAUUAACAUCACGUUGGAUCAUAAGUGCAGAAUUUUCCAGGCCUUAAAUGGAGCCGUAGAUGAAGUUGUUUUAAAAUUUGAAGAUAGAAAAACCAGAGUUAAGAAUACAUUUUAUGAAACAUUACCAGCAGUGAUUAAUGGAAAUGGACCCACCAAGAUUCUCCUGAAUUAUUUUGGAAACUAUGUGCCUAAUUCAUGGACACAGGAUAGUGGCUGCACUCAUUGUGAAUUUGAUACAAUUGACUUAUCUGCAGUUGAGGUCUAUCCAAAUGUAACAAUAGGUGUCUUUAUUGAGCAACCAACCCCUUUUCUACCUCGAUUUCUGGACACACUAUUGACACUGGAUUACCCAAAAGAGGCACUUAAACUCUUCAUUCAUAACAAAGAAGUUUAUCAUGAAAAGGAUAUCAAGGUGUUUUUUGAUAAAGCAAAACAUGAAAUCAGCACUAUAAAAAUAGUAGGACCAGAAGAAAAUCUAAGUCAAGCUGAAGCCAGAAACAUGGGAAUGGAUUUUUGCCGUCAGGAUGAAAAGUGUGAUUAUUAUUUUAGUUUGGAUGCAGAUGUCGUCUUGACAAAUCCAAAGACUUUAAAAGUUUUGAUUGAACAAAACAGAAAGAUCAUUGCUCCCCUUGUCACACGUCAUGGAAAGCUGUGGUCCAACUUCUGGGGAGCUUUGAGUCCUGAUGGCUAUUAUGCCCGAUCUGAGGAUUACGUGGACAUCGUUCAAGGGAAUAGAGUAGGACUAUGGAAUGUCCCAUACAUGGCUAAUGUGUACUUAAUUAAAGGAAAAACGCUCCGUUCGGAGAUGAAUGAAAGGAAUUAUUUUGUUCGUGAUAAACUAGAUCCUGAUAUGGCUCUUUGCCGAAAUGCUAGAGAAAUGACUUUACAAAGGGAAAAAGACUCCCCUACUCCGGAAACAUUCCAAAUGCUCAGCCCCCCAAAGGGUGUGUUUAUGUACAUUUCUAAUAGACAUGAAUUUGGACGACUACUAUCCACUGCUAAUUACAACACUUCCCAUUAUAAUAAUGACCUCUGGCAGAUAUUUGAAAAUCCUGUGGACUGGAAGGAAAAGUAUAUAAACCGUGAUUAUCCAAAAAUUUUCACAGAAAACAUAGUUGAACAGCCUUGUCCAGAUGUCUUUUGGUUCCCCAUAUUUUCUGAAAAAGCCUGUGAUGAAUUGGUGGAAGAAAUGGAGCACUAUGGCCAGUGGUCUGGGGGGAAACAUCAUGAUAGCCGUAUAUCUGGUGGUUAUGAAAAUGUCCCGACUGAUGAUAUCCACAUGAAGCAAAUUGAUCUGGAGAAUGUAUGGCUUCAUUUUAUCCGGGAGUUUAUUGCACCUGUUACACUGAAGGUCUUUGCAGGCUAUUAUACAAAGGGGUUUGCACUAUUGAAUUUCGUAGUAAAAUACUCCCCGGAUAGACAGCGGUCUCUACGUCCCCACCAUGAUGCUUCAACGUUUACUAUCAAUAUUGCUCUCAAUAAUGUGGGAGAAGAUUUUCAGGGUGGUGGAUGCAAAUUUCUAAGAUAUAACUGCUCUAUUGAAUCACCACGAAAGGGCUGGAGCUUCAUGCAUCCUGGGAGACUUACCCAUUUGCAUGAAGGACUUCCUGUUAAAAAUGGAACAAGAUACAUCGCAGUGUCAUUUAUAGAUCCCUAAGUUAUUUACUUUUUAUUGAAUUGAAUUUUCUUCUGGAAUGGAUGACUGGCACGAACACAUCUUUGAAGUUGUGCUUGAGAAGAUGAGAGGAAUAUUUAAAUAACUUCAACAGAAAAACUUCACUUUGGGCCAAACAUUCAAAACACUUUUUGUAAAAAGUUGUUUGAUGUUUCUUAAUGUCUGCUCUGAGCCUUAAAACACAGGUUGAAGAAGAAAAGAAAGAAAAAAAAGUAAAAGAAAAUAUUUAUUUCUAUGCUUUACUGUCUCUGAGAAUAAUGACAAUUUUCUGGAUUUGUGUUUCAAGUUGAUAAAAUAUUCAGGUACAAAUGUACAAGUAACAAAUAAGCCUAAUAAUGUUUUCUUAUUUAAGAGGAGCCUGAGAAGAAUUUUAUUUAUCAACAUGUAAGGGAAAUGUAGAACGAAUGGAUAUAAAUGGAAAGUUUUGAAAACCUGGGUUUUGAAACCUGGGGAAACUGAUUCUAACUGAAUUUGGGUGCAAUUAUGUAAGUUCUUUCUUGACCACCUAUGCAAUAGGUCCUUGCUCUAGUAGUUAUGGGAUGAAACAAAGAAAAUAACAAUGUUUUUCUCAAGAAACAGUGGAAACACAACCAAAGAGCAAAUCCAUUAGAAACAUUUUUUUUUUCUAGAGCAUUAGAUGAUUUUACAUUUGUAUUAGAAAUUAAACCCCAUAUUCCUUCCCAUGGACCAUCUAAAGUGGGCAAUAUUAAGUAGACACCAGAUCUA